GGCACAAUGCCAUUCCUCGGCCAGGACUGGCGAUCCCCGGGACAGAAUUGGGUGAAGACCGCGGAUGGCUGGAAGCGGUUCCUGGAUGAGAAAAGUAGUGGCUUCGUGAGCGACAUCAACAGUUACUGCCCCAAAGACGUGCACAACAAGGAGAAUCUUUUCAACAGUCUGAACUAUGAUGUUGUGGCCAAGAAAAGAAAGAAGGACCUGAUGAACAGCAAAACCAAAAUUCAGUAUUUCCACCAGGAAAAAUGGAUCUAUGUUCACAAAGGAAGCACUAAGGAACGCCAUGGAUAUUGCACCUUGGGGGAAGCUUUCAACCGGCUUGACUUCUCAACUGCUAUUCUGGAUUCCAGAAGAUUCAACUACGUUGUACGGCUGUUGGAACUGAUAGCAAAAUCGCAGCUCACUUCCCUGAGUGGCAUUGCCCAAAAGAACUUCAUGAAUAUUUUGGAAAAAGUUGUGCUGAAAGUCCUUGAAGACCAACAAAAUAUCAGAUUGAUAAGAGAGUUGCUGCAGACUCUCUACACAUCCUUAUGUACCCUGGUCCAAAGGGUAGGCAAGUCUGUUCUGGUUGGGAACAUUAACAUGUGGGUGUACCGAAUGGAGACCAUUCUACAUUGGCAGCAGCAGCUGAACAACAUCCAAAUCACCAGGCCUGCUUUCAAAGGCCUCACCUUCACGGACCUGCCUUUGUGUUUACAACUGAACAUCAUGCAGAGGCUAACAGAUGGAAGGGAUCUUGUCAGCUUGGGCCAGGUGGCCCCAGAUCUGCACUUGCUCAGUGAAGACCGGUUGCUAUGGAAGAAACUCUGCCAAUAUCAUUUUACAGAGCGACAGAUUCGCAAGCGAUUAAUUUUGUCUGAUAAGGGACAACUGGAUUGGAAGAAGAUGUAUUUUAAGCUUGUCCGAUGUUACCCAAGGAAAGAACAAUAUGGAGACACUCUACAGCUCUGCAAACAUUGCCACAUCCUUUCUUGGAAGGGAACAGAUCAUCCAUGUACAGCCAAUAAUCCAGAGAGCUGCUCUGUCUCUCUGUCGCCUCAGGACUUUAUCAACUUGUUCAAGUUCUGAGCCCUCACGUGGGACAACCUUUGAGAAUGUCCAGUUCUCAUGGGAUGCUUUGGAAUACCCAAUAUGGACACUUCCAUUGUAAAUAGUGUACAUUUUUAUGUUGUUUUGAAAUUCCUGAGUUGAGUAACUGACAGAACCCUGGAGGAGCAAAAUGAAAUUGCUGACUGGCUAUUUAGGAACAUGGACUUUCUUAAUAGACCUAGUGUGGAAGAACAGUCAGAUUGUAAAUAAACUUUUUUUAAAAAAAAAAUGAUUAGCCAGCAAGGCUUUAGCAGCAUCAAUGCUAUAUUUCAGAAGUCAUUUAGAAUUUGCCUUACGUGCUCUGAAACCCCUAUUUGAUUUCCAAAGAUUGGGAAAGUAGCAAAGUUGAAUUCACAAUAGAACAACCUUGACCUGUUUACAAGAUGAAAAUUUGGGAAGAUACAGCAUAUUGAGAUGAAAAAGUCAAAGUUUGGUUUUCUAGUUUGGCUUGUGGUUCUUUGUUGUUAUUGUCAUUAACUGUCAUUGUCUUAAAGCAAUGGAAAAACCCAUGUAACAGAUCUGAACAUUUCUUAAGCCUAUAUUGUAUAAAAGGCCAUAUCCUUCAACGUGAAAUACACCACACCAUUUUCUACCUCUGACAUCAUAAAAUGCUUUCUUUCAGCACACAUCAUACACAGCACAUUCUCUAGGGCCCAGCUUCUUAAACUGGUUUGUGACCCUAUAUAGGGUCUUAUAAAUGAAUGGGGGAGGUCAUGAGAUUAUGAUUUAUUAUCGAUAAAUGUUUGAUUUGUAUACCCAUUUUAUAUAUCUCUAUACCCAGGAUCACAUAAAAAUUUCUUGAGAAAAGGGAUCACAAGUGGAAAAAGUUUAAGAAGCCUUGCUCUAGUGCACAAUGUAAAUUUUCAUUGUCUAUUUUUAAUCACUGUAAAAGUGACUAAAAGAAGAAAAUAUUGACCACAAAGUUUUUCUUAUUUUGAGCUUAUUUAUCCAAAGGAGUAGUAUAGUUUUUGGAGUUGCUUCCUGAAUGGAAAACCUAAUAUAUGAGGUUCAAAAUGCUUUUUUUUCCCCAUGCCACUCACUAUGGUAAGAAUAGCAGACAGAAAUCCACCUCUACAGCCCAGUUGUAGAAACUAGAAGAUUAAUGAUGAAAAAACUGAGCUGAAAGAAAUUAAAAGGGCCAAGUAAUAAUUUGUGUCCAGGAAAAGAGUUAUUCCUGCUUUUCUUCAGGGUAUUUUUAUGCUUCUUCCAUCACAAGCAGCUUCACAAAAUAGCACAGUUCAGUUGAUGAGCUUAAUCUGGAGGGGUUUUAUGUUCCUGUGGCCUUACCAAGCAAGUCCCAAAUAUCUGUGGGCUGAUUCAGAAAUUUUACCAGUUCCCUUGCUCUUGGAAGUCCAUAAUUUCUCCAGUAAGUAAACAUUUAUCAAGUGCCUACUAUGUGUCAGGCACUAUGCUAAGUGCUGAGACUAUAAAGAAAGGCAAAAGCCAAAAUCUGCUCUCAAGGAGCUUACAAUUUAAUGGGGGAGACAACAUGCAAGCAACAGACAAUAUACACAGGAUAAGUUGGAAAUAAAUAAAGGCACUAAUGUUGAGAGGGACCAUUAGGAAAAGUUGGAAAAGGGUAGAGAAAAAUUCCAUGUGUCCUCUUAACAAACAAAGACUUCACAUUCAAUGUUUUUCAAUGCUAGGACACAAGGGGAUUUUUGAAAGGCAAACAAGUGGGUAUACAGUGAAGAAUGAGGAAUCUCAAGACUUCAUGAUUUGUGGACUUUGGGGUAUAUGUGCAUGUUUUUACUUUUUAUAAAAUCUUCCUUUUUGACAAUAACUUGGUACUUCUGCUAUUUGCCAUCACAUUUGUAUUUUUGCAAAUGCAAACACCAUCUUGGGUGGCUUUGGUUAAAAAAAAGAAGAAAAAUAAAAAUAGUAGAAUAGCAGUUUGGAUUUGACAUUUGUCUUACUGGGCAAUGCCCUUUAAAGAUAAAACAUUAGUUGUAGUUGAGAUAUAUAUAAAGAUAACUACAGAGUAAUGGAGAUUCUUCCUCUUUAUCCUUUCUCCUGAGUAAUAUACAAGCCAAGCACCACUGUGUUACAAAAUGGUGUAUGUGCAUUUCCAUCUACUACCUGACAUUCAUACCUAGACUCUAAAAUUUCAAUGCUGCCUUUGACUUUCUCAGGUUCCCUUUUUAAAAAAUGGUCUUUGCAGUGAUUUUUACAAAUUGGAUGUGCAUUUUUAGGCUGAAAGUAUAUCCUUUCCUUUCUUUUCCCAUCUGUAUAGUUUCUGCUUUAUCAUAUCUAUGAAAUGGAUGAAAUUCUCAUGUUCCCUGUCAAUUUGCAAACAUUGCAAAUAUAUUCCAAUGCAUUGCUCCUAUUAGCAGUUGGAUAUCUCAUAAAACCAUAGAACUGAUAGCAAGGAAGGCAAGCAAUUGCCUUAUCAAUUAUUAAGCUCAACUUAUUCAUUUUACAGAAGAAUAAACUGAGGCCAGAGAAAAAUGACUUGAUCAAGAUCACUUGGGUAAUUAGGGAUAAAGCUGAUAUUUGAACACAGAUCUUCUUAUUGGAAAUCCAAUGUGCAUUUCCUUAGUCCAUGCUGUUUUUAAAACCACCUCAUCUCAAAGAUCAUAGUAUGGGCAAAUUUAUGUGGCCAAAUUUUAAUGUGAUUGAAAAGUCUGAUAUGUUUAAACCCACCAAGAAAUCUCAGAAUUGAGUCUGAGAUAUUAGCCAAAUUUUGAUGAAGAAUCCCACUCUCUGACUCAUUUGGUCAUCCUAAUGUGCAAGAGUGGGAAGUGGAAAAGUCAGGUAGUGACUUUUAAAAGCAAAAAAAAAAAAAAAUCAGGCAACUUUCUGAUGGGAAGGAAGCAGGCAAAAGAAUGGUAGAUUGUUGGUGUGGGGGAAGUAGUAACUAAAGGGGAAUUUUUUAAAAAUCUUGUAUUAGAUAUAGGAAAUCAAGGGAAGAGAAGCAUGAGUACAAGAAUUCAAAAAUUCAGCUUGAUCAAAAAGGUGUUAAAUUACUCAAUAUUUGCAGCCCAUAUUCUUCAAGAAUAUAGAAGUGGAUUUCAGCUCCCUUUGAGGAAGAACUUUCUAACAAUUAGAGCCAUCAGUCUAUUCUACUGAGGUAGAUGAAUUCCCUCUUCUAUAAGGAUUCACUCAGAAGCCAAUGGCUUCUCAUCAGAGGUGGAUGUCAUGGGAAAGUAUUGCUUUAGGUAAAAGUUAUACUAAAUGACUUCCAAGAUCCCAUUCUGCUGUGAGAUUCUGUGAGCUUACAAUAUUAAUUUUUUUUUCCAUUUUUACAAAUCCAUCAAAGAGCAGCUUUGGCCAAAAAAAGUGUUGGAGACCUUCUUACCUAGCAGCUAGAAGUUUUUUAUCAGAGUGGGAAAUAAAGGAGGGAAUGGUACACACCUCUGCCUCAGCUCCAGCCCUCUUCCCCACUCUGAAAACUGCAUAAAACUGAAUUUAAUAGAGUCCUAUACUCAACAGAGACUAACGGGAAAUGUCGCCAUGUCCUAGACACUAUGACCCUAUGAACAAAUCUAGCACAGUGUGGUCAAAUCCAAAGGUGUAAACAAUAUUAAUACCUACCUCACACAAGGGCAUUGUGAGGAAAGGACUUUGUAAGUCUUAAAGCAUCAAAUAAAUGCAAGUUGUUUACAAGAUCACUUUUUCAAAACAGCUUUAUGUGGAAGAUACUGCAAGAGUUCUUGUCCUCACUUUGCAGCUGGAAAAACUGAGGUUCAGAAAUGAAAUGAUUUGACCAGAACCUUGCUCUCUAUUAAGAGGAGGAGCUGGGACUCCUAGAGUUGUUUGACUCCUAAGUCCAUUGCUCCUUCUCUAUUAGCUGGGCUGCUACAUGAAUGAAUACCUAUCCUUGAUAAUGCUGGCACUUUAUCUUUAGGAGAUCUGUCUAGUGAGAUAUACUAUAGCUUGGGAGGAGAUUUUAAAAUGAGCUAGACUGAAUCCAAACUUACCUUUCCAUAGAAGAAUUUCACAAUAUCAUUCUGGCUUUAAUUAGAUAUGACAUUCCAGUAGAACAUCCCUGUACUCCAUUUAUAUGGUAGGAAGAACUGGACAGAUUCAGCACAAGGUAAUCUUUUACCCAAACUAGGAAAACUCCACUAGGCUUUCUUGCAUUAGUUCCAUUUGUCUGAUGGGGAUGCAUUUUCUAUUGAGGUGGGUUGGCAUUAAAGCUGAUCUUUUCAAUAGAUAUAGUUUGCUGAGUAAAACUAUCCUAAAAUAAGGAUGUUUUUGGUUUUUUUGUUCUUCAUGCUCAUGAAGUAACCCAGUGAUUAUUAUAUCAUUACUACAAUUCUCAACUUUGUAGAGGUUCCAAGUACUCUAUGUGUUAAAAUUGUGUUUGUUUUUAACAUGGGAAAACUUUUGUGUUUAAUUUGUAAAGGAAAGAGAGAUGAUGAUUUACAAUGUUAAAAAUCAUUCAUUUCAAGGUAGAUUUUGUUCAAUAACAUGUAAUUUAUAGUUGUUUCAGUAUAACUAUGCUUACUAUAAAAUGUGCACCAGAAUUUAUAUUUUUCUGCCAGGCUUUAGGGAGAUGACAUCUUUGCUUUGUGCAAAUGACCUCUUUUAUGUGUGAUUUUUUUUUUUAAUACACCACAGCAUUGCUGUGUACCCUGUCUUCUGCUGUUGAUUUCUCUUUUGGAGGAGCUGCAACAGAGAACAAAUCCCUCUAUUUCAGCUUUUUGUCUAAAAAGACUGUCUGUUUUUAGAUCCUUAACUGUUCAAAAUGCAUAAGAUUAGUCACCUUUCAAUUUUGUUGUCCUUAACAAAAAUUAUCAGAAGCAUAUUGGUAAACUUUCCAUAGCUAACAUUUUAUUUUCUAAAACAAAUUUGCAUUUUAUAGGAAAGGGAAAGAGAAACUAGGAACCUUUGGCUUCUUUCUUGCUACAAACACUUCCCGAUAUCUUUCUUAAUAAGGAGACUAAGUAGUACAACCUCCUAAAUGCUUUUAUGUUUUGAACAGGUCUCUCUAUUUUCACCCCUCCCUUCCCCCCACAUAAUUUUCUGUAAAAUAAAGCAAUGCUUAUUUUUCCCUUAAUUCUUCCAAUUAAUUUGCAAAACCUGUGUUAUAAGGCAGGCCAGCUUCUCAAGCUAUGAUUCCCAAGUGCAUUUUUCUUCCCAAACUAUCUCAAUUCAUCAGUCCUUCCUUUCCUUCCAGAGAGCUACUAGCUCUAAAAUCCUAAGAACUUCACCCUAAUUUUAAGACUCAUCAUUGGGCUACUUGCCAUAUCAUCUUUUUUGAUUAAAGAGAAUUAAUUUCUAGGAACUUAUUUGUUCUCCCAUCUCAGGCAGUGAUCCAUCUUCUUGAAAGUACUCAGUUCAGUAGGUUCCUGAAAGUGUUAACUCGAUUUGAAAACAGGAGUGAAGAAUGGUUGUAAAAAGCUCUCAAAAUCCAGUUUACACCUGAGACUGCCAAUUUAUGGAUAUUUUGCCUUUUUUGGGACUUUUGAUCUUUAGACUUCCUUGGAAUUUUAUUUUCCCUCUCUCCCCUCUUCGCAUCCCCUGCCCCCCCUCAGACACACAAGGUCCUGAGUGGCUUAGAUGAGAUCAUGGUCCUUUUUGUCUAUUUCCACUGUGUGAUAUGUAAGUCUUCUAAAGGGAGGAUUCAAAUCAUUCCUCUAAACUUGGGAAUCUUUGGACAGAUAGCACUAUUUUCCCCCAGAGUGCCAACCAUCCUCCUUGAAAGGUAAUGUUUCUUGCAGCACACGUUCUAAGCAAAGACAGCUUUUCUCCGAAGCAAAGACAAUGUAGAAUGAGAAAACUUUUAGAGUUGAAAAUUAUAAAUAGAAGUGUGAGGUUAGACCAACCAUGGACGAUGCCUUCUCCUUAAUACUAUUGUGUGAAAUAAGUUUUUCUGUGUAAGUUAUUUGCACACCUUCCUUGCAUGUAGAACUGAUUUUUAUAGCUGUUUGGUACAAACAGUGGCAUAUUUUUGUAAAAAAUAUUUUGACACUGAGCUACAAUAAAUUUGUUUUAAGGACAA